AUGAGUUUUUUCCUUGAAAAAAAUUUUCAUUUUAGAAUCGAAAGUGAUUCCUUCACUGGCAACAAGAUCUAUCCGGGAAAAGGCAAACUUUAUGUCCGGAUAGAUAAUAGGAGCUAUCGAUUUGUCGGAUCAAAAUCAGAAUCCCUUUUCUUACAACGAAAGAAUCCUCGUAAAAUUAGUUGGACAACAGUCUAUCGUCGUAUGCAUAAAAAAGGUAUUACUGAAGAAAUUGCGAAAAAACGUACACGUCGUGCAGUAAAACAUCAAAGAGCUGUUGUUGGUGCAUCAUGGGAAGCGAUAAAAGCUAAACGUAAUCAAAAACCUGAAGUAAGAGAAGCUGCUAGAGCUGAAGCUGUUCGUGAAAGUAGAGAGAAGAAGAAAGCCGAACAAGCAAAGAGAAAAGCUGAAAAGGCAAAGCUCGCUCAAGUUGCUAGUCGUGGAGCAUCUAAAAUUUCUAAACAACAAGCUCGUGGUGCUCAACAGAAAGUUUCUGCAAAGAGUCGUUAA